CGCCUAUUCGAGCAGCUUAUCGUCAACAGCUCUUUCUGCACUUUGCACUUUGCACUUUGCACACAACGCCGGGGACUUGUUUCCUGGUUUAUUUAGCUGUGGAAAUAUGCUGGAGUCGAGCGCAGGUCUGUCGUCGCCCGCGUCGCGGAUGACAAUAGCGGGCGGAGAAGAGAAGUGCGACGCGUCUGCCGUUCACGCCUACCGAGGACCGCUCGUUGCCGCGCCGGCCUCACCGGCGUCGUCGUCGCCGUCGUCUUAUGUCGCGAACGACGCUAUGCUAUGGGCUGCGUCGACACUACCAACCCCGCCGCUGGAAUCUCCUGUUUUAGAACGCCUUCAUCCUUCCAAAACUGCAUUCAUCGCAAGCAGCAGCAGCAGCAGCAGCAAUAGGAGAACCGACGAUGCAAAGAUGGGCUCGCUCCUACUCGAUAUCCUAGCCACUCCCCCGAUAGCCACAGCACUUGUCACAUACAUCAGCAGAACAGACCUCCCAAAUCUACGACUAGUCUGCAAGCACGCGUACCAGACGCUGACGUACUCGGACCAGUAUUACCUCGACCUGCUCGACAGCGCGAUUCAAUGCGAAGUCGCGACCGACCCUUGUCGGUCGGCAGAGGCGGGCGACCAUGGACGAUGUCUGCGCUGUGAUAAGACUGUUUGUCGGUAUUGCAUUCCUGGCCUUGCGCAGUUGACUACUUUCAGCUCCCGCUCACGCAGCGUGUGCGCCGUCUGCCGCCCUACACUCAUCCGCGGCCGCUGUGAAUGUGCAGUCUCUCAACGCUGGAUUUGCAGGGACUGUCAUACACUCGAGAUCCUGCGCGACCGCAACGACCUACAAAUGCGAUACGGCAAACACAAGCCCUGCUAUGUCUGCAUGCGACCCAUCGCAGACCGCAGUCCUCCUGUACGCUUACUCUUCUGUUCUUUUUUUUGGUUUUAUCUCUCAGUUCUGUAUUAUCGCAUAGCUGAAUAUGGGGUGAUUGCUGAUAUGUUAUUUUUAGAAACUUGCAUCCUUUUUGAGCGCGCUUUCCCCACGCGACCACGACCUCUGCAGCUGGUGCAAUAAAUGGAUCUGAAUCCACAACUCCCCAAAUCAGUGAACUCUUCUUUCUCUUCUUCUUUUCAUACAUCCAUUUGUAACAUAUCUUGUGUAUUUCUUUCGGUGUCUCCUUUUCUUAUUCUUAGUCUGUUCUAGAUCAUUGUGUUAUAAUCUUUUGUUUCGCGUAGAAGCGGGCGCCUUUGUGUCUCUUUUUUUGACUGUGAAUCAGGUAUACCAGCGUUAAUAUUAUAAUACUAAAUAGAAUUGAU